AUGCACGCAAGUAUUCAAGCUAACAGGAGCGUCGUAACGAUCAAGACCGUUACAGCGUCGGGAACAGCUGAAGCAGCCGAAAGUAGAAGCUCUGACCCCAAGAAUGAUAUAGUUUCAGCAUCACUACCCCCGUGUAUACUCGCAAAGGCAAACAUAGAUACGAACCCCUUUAAAAGAAUUACCGGUAUGGACGGCAGAGAACUAUACACAAGAAUCAUCGAUGCAAAAGCGGUGGAGCUCAUGACGCCCACAGGAGGCGAAUGGACCGAUAGACUCAUAUCCAAGGAUAGAGCCGACAAGAGGUUGAUGGAGAAGAAUCAAGGCACUAUCCAAAUAAAACGACCAGGGAAUGGGAUUAGCAAAUUUGCCUACAAAGUCUUAAUGCCUGAUACAGCAUGGUAUGAAGCGAGGCAAGAGCAGGGCUUGAAAUAUGGAGAAGGUGGAGUGAAAGAGGAUAGAGGUGAUGACGAUGUCAUGCUCUUUUCAGUCUUUGAUGGUCAUUCUGGAUCAGGGACAGCUCAGCUUCUCAAAACAGCCUUUCAUGCUUGUUUGGCUUAUGCUCUCGGUCAAGCGAAGCUGUAUUCUGAUGAUGUCAUGAACUAUCCGGAAAGAGUAGCCCAAAUCAUCAAAAGCAGUUUCAACGCAAUCGAUGAUGACAUAGUCCAAGCACCCCUGAAGCUUCUAUAUCCAGAGUUGGAAUACAAGUUAAGUGGUUGUCUUCCACCUCAGCCACCGUCAAAACUCUGUGGACCUGAACUGAUCCCGUCGGGUUCUUGUGCGCUUAACAUGAUAUACGAUGCCACCUCACGGAGAGUUUACGUAGCGAAUUGUGGCGAUUGUCGAGCUGUGGCUGGAUGGUGGAACCCUAAAGAGAAGAAGUGGAGAUGUGAUAUAUUGACUGAAGAUCAUAAUGGACACAAUCCAAAAGAGUGUGAUAGGAUCGACAACGAGCAUCCGGAAGAAGAACGUGGACAUAUCAUGAAGCCUGUACCUGAGAUGCGAAUGUUCGGGCAAUUACAGCCUACUCGAGUCUUUGGUGAUCAUGCGUAUAAGUGGAGGUAUGACGAUUGGGUCGAACAAGAAAGUCCCCAAAGGACAUUCAAGAAGGAAGAUCGAAAAUUCAGGAAGACACCACCUUAUGCCACAGCCGAGCCUGAAGUCGUAUGGCGGGAUUUGCAUGCUAAUGAAGAAGAGGAAUUGAAGUUUGUCAUUCUCGCUACUGAUGGCUUGUGGGGAAGAAUGACCUCUGAAGAGGCGUUCUUACUGACCGCAACGACCUACAACUACUCGAAAUUGCAUAAUCGCCAGAUCCACGAUAAGAAUCAAAUCAUGGAAAAGUUCUUUCCUGGAUUUCUUGAAAAAAUCGACUGGGGCGACCAUCCAUUUCCCACAGAGCAGCUGGAGCUUGAAGGUAGCUGGGAUCUGAGGAAUGAGAACGCCCCUACUAGAUUGGUUAGGAAUGCCUAUGGCGGAAAUGACGUGCUUGCCAGAAGACAGAUCUUAAGUAUGGGACAUGACGUCAAACAAAUAAGGGAUGAUACGACUGUUCUGGUGGUCCAUUUCGGCGUCGAUCUUCCUAAAGAAUAA